GAAAGGGCACUUGCCAGAGCAAGUCAACUGGAGGAAACAGUCGCCGUGAAAAGCAACUUGCACUCACAUCCUUCGAUUGGUGCGGCAUCGUUUGUCCACCACAAGCGCACACGAGCAACCCUCUUCACAAGUCCAUCCAAACUACUGGCUGUCUCUCACACACGCUCGCUGUGGCCUGGGAACCUCCGGCACAUUGAGAACGGGAUCCUCCAACCGCCAUAUCUUCCUCUGCCCCGUCUUUUGGUGAGUCGCCGUCCUGUGCAACGUCCGGCAGUGUCGCGGUUGCUCUGAAGUUAGAAACUUUCAUGAUCGUCUGCACCUGGGUGUUGGUAUGCAUAGAUUCCUCCAAGUCGUGCAUAAGCUCGUCCCUCACCGAGGGCGAGGUUAUAUCUCGCUUGGAGGACGUUCGAUCCUACAGAUAGCGCCCGCAGUUAAAAACGUCAAUGUCGGUUCGAGCCUUACCAAUCCCUUUUUUUGGGUCGAUGUACCGGCCCAAGUCGUCCAUUUCGUAGAUGACAUUUUUUUUUUUUUUUGCCUUCCGACAAUUGCAGAUGUACCUCAGAAAACUUUCACUUAAUGUCUCAUACUCUAGAUGAAUAUUAAACCAAUACGAAGUACAACAACAUAUGUAGGACUUAUUUCUACUGUCACUUACAUCGUAAAAAUAUCUCCUCUUCAACUUGAAAGAAAACCAAUGACAAUCCUCAUGGUAUCCUAUAUGUGUUCGUAAGCUUGCUAAAAUACUACUGCGUUGAUGUCCUCUUGUAAAAGCUGAAAUCCAACAAAUGCUUUGAUUCAUGCUACAUCUCCGUGUUGGAAAAGCCCUUUCUUCUUCGUUCAUGAUAACAUCUUACCCUAUUCUACGCAAAUCUGUCACAUCUACUCUCAAACAAGACGCCAACUUCAAACGAAAACGCGUUCUACGAUGCGUCUACACUCCAUCCCCAUAUCAUUGGCGUUGACUGGUUCGAGGUCGACCUUGUUCGCCUGUUUUC